AUGUCUGAUGAGGACCGGUCCCCUCGCAAAGUAGCAACAAUACCUACGACAAUCCGCAGGCGCAUGCUCACCCCAAAAACCACAUCGACAUCCGAGAGGAUCCCAGCUUUCCCCAUACAACCUUUGGGAGCACCGUCCACUAUGCCCGCACGAACCCAUAGGACAGAGGCUGCUAAAAAGGUUGGGCCGCGUUACCACGCUCCUCCCGGCUCAAGUCGACCUGCAACAGACUUUCGUUCCAGCGGGAACCCAUUCUCAUCUGACAAACCAUGGGUCGCUAAAAGGCAGCUAGCUCAAGGGGAUUUGUUGAUUCACUGGCAGCUAGCGCGAAAGCUUAUGACGAGGCCGGGAGGUCGACCACCAAGGAUAGUCCCUGGAGUCGGACUCAAAGCUGCACGGAAAACCGCUGCGGGCACGCACUUUUCGACUGAUGAUGAUGAUGAUAUUAUCGAACUUGAUAGCGACGAUGCUUCUCAAUCGGACUGGAGUACGUCUUCCGAUGACACCGACCAACUCGACCCCGAAGAAUAUGCUCCUUCAGAUCCAUCGACAAGUACCGCACCGCCCAAGGAACUCCUUGAGGCGUUCAACAAGCUCACCUUUCAUACGAGGCGGAUGCAACAGGUCAAAUGUCUCCCUUUCCUUCGGCGAAACUUUCGUCGAGGAUUUCUCUCAAGGUGUCGAAAGGAAGGCAGACAUACCGAUGCCGACCCAAAGGGCAAUGAUGAAUUCUCCUUGGAGGUGGUCUAUCGCCUUGAUGAGGGCCACCUUCAAUAUACUGUCAAAGGGCUUGCGCAUUUGGAGUGGGAUCAUACGGCGGUACUUGCGCAUUGGGUGGAUAUGGCCACGUGCUGGCGCGUCACCAUUACGCUGACCAGCAACGCCAAUAUCGAAGAAAUGGAAGGACUUUCCCUCGAAGACAUUCCCCUUGAGCCAAGUGUGUCCGAUGAGGCAGAAGCAUCUGCAGUUGUAGCGCCACUUGAAGGGGUAGCGCUACCCCCUUCCAUCGCACCCGAAACCCCUUCGGUAGUACAAGCUUUAGAUGAGACGCAGCUCUCUGUCCCAUAUGUGAAUGUCUCAUCAGUACCAUUACUGCCCCCUCCGACAUCGCCCCUGGCGGAACCGUUGAUUGUAUUGCCUCCAUCACCAGCACCCUCCGCACGUUUGCGCUCAUUAUCACCCCAGUUGCCCCCGCCGUCGUCACCAGCGACCAAUAUCAGCGAUCCAGUAGCCGCCCACCCAGAUGCUAGCGCCGCCGCGCCGCCACAUGAAGUCGAGCCCAAAACACCAUUGCCAGCCGCUAUCGACCUCCCUGAGAUACCUUUACCCGCCAGUACCCAGCCGCCUCAAGCAGCAUGCCCUCCGUCAUCAAGACCACCCAACCUACCCGCUCGCUGUCCGACGCCACCGCCGAAGGAAAAUCCCUUAGGACCGGCCGCGCGAUACCCUUACCUCCCUUAUGUAUCCGAAUACGGAGGCCCUACAAUGUUCUACUCGUGCCGCCCAGGAGGCCCGCGACUGUACGACCUCCUGGGGACCCUGCCCAUGGAGCCAUUCGGGCUCAUGGCGUGGUACAUUCUCGACAUAGAAGAAGAGAUGUUUGACGAAGACCACAUCGCGGACGAGCUGAAAGUCGUGCUUGCAUUGUGGGGGCGGUGGAUAUUUCUUCAUCGGAUGGAGUUUCUGGCAAAUUAUUAUCAGGGCGUCAUCAUGUUCGUCGAUGAGUAUUGGAGAAUGAUUCACCGCGCAGCUGGAUGGGAGGCUCUGCGAUGGCACCUCGUGAUAUUGAAAGCGUCUAAGUUCUUGACCUUCAUUGAUAUUGCCAAGAUUUUGAAGCACUAUGAAUAUCUUGUGGGUAUGGAGUAUUGGGAGACGUGA